GUAGGUAGGAGGACAGACGUGACCUACCAAUUGAAGACAACUCAUAAUGACAUGUAUACACACACUGAAGUGAAGGGGAGUACAGGUCAAGUAGACUGUAACAGACACACAUAAACACACAGGCGUAUGACCUGAUCAUUUAUUUAUAUAAACGUUAGUUCACCCUUUUUUCUUAAAAAAACGUUUGGAUAACAUUCGCAUUACAAAUAACUUAGGCUCACAUAUUAUAAUACAAUACAAUGCGUGAAAUCGUUCAUCUUCAAGUUGGCCAGUGCGGUAAUCAAAUUGGAUCGAAGUUUUGGGAGGUGAUUUCUGACGAACACGGGAUUGAUCCAACAGGAGCAUACCAUGGAGAUUCAGAUCUGCAGUUGGAACGUAUUAAUGUUUACUACAAUGAAGCGGCAGGAGGCAAAUACGUGCCACGUGCGAUAUUAGUCGAUUUGGAGCCAGGAACAAUGGACAGUGUUCGUGCGGGUCCAUUCGGUCAAUUGUUUCGACCAGACAAUUAUGUUUUCGGGCACAGCGGUGCUGGAAAUAAUUGGGCUAAAGGCCACUACACAGAAGGCGCCGAACUCGUCGAUUCAGUGUUGGAUGUGAUGCGUAAGGAGGCAGAGAACACGGAUUCCCUUCAAGGUUUCCAGUUGACUCAUUCACUUGGUGGUGGAACGGGUUCAGGUAUGGGAACACUGUUGAUCUCGAAAAUCCGUGAGGAAUAUCCCGAUCGAAUAAUGAACACAUUCUCUGUUGUCCCGUCUCCUAAGGUGUCAGACACCGUCGUCGAACCAUACAAUGCCACACUGUCCGUCCACCAACUCGUCGAGAACACUGAUGAGACAUUCUGCAUUGACAACGAAGCACUCUACGAUAUAUGCUUCAGGACGCUGAAAUUAACCAACCCGACAUACGGCGAUUUGAAUCACUUGGUGAGUGCGACGAUGUCGGGAGUGACAACGUGUCUGCGAUUCCCUGGUCAGCUGAAUGCCGAUCUACGCAAACUGGCUGUGAAUAUGGUGCCAUUCCCACGUCUUCAUUUCUUCAUGCCUGGUUUCGCCCCACUCACUAGUCGUGGGAGUCAACAAUACCGUGCACUCACGGUUCCUGAACUCACACAACAGAUGUUCGACGCGAAGAAUAUGAUGGCUGCAUGCGAUCCAAGAAAUGGACGUUACUUGACUGUGGCUGCCAUCUUCCGUGGUCGCAUGUCAAUGAGGGAAGUUGAUGAGCAGAUGUUGAAUGUGCAGAAUAAGAACUCGAGUUAUUUUGUUGAGUGGAUUCCGAAUAAUGUGAAGACAGCAGUUUGCGAUAUUCCACCGAGAGGCCUGAAAAUGUGUGUCACUUUCAUCGGUAACACCACAGCUAUGCAAGCACUGUUUAGAAGAAUCUCUGAGCAGUUCACUGCGAUGUUUAGACGUAAGGCAUUCCUACACUGGUACACCAGUGAGGGUAUGGAUGAGAUGGAGUUCACUGAGGCUGAAUCCAAUAUGAAUGAUUUGGUGAGUGAAUAUCAGCAAUACCAGGACGCAACGGUUGACGAUGAGAAUGACUCUGAUAUUGAAGGGCUUGAAGUAUCCUGAACAUUAACUGUUAACCUCCUCCAAUAUUAGUCCGACUGCAUGUCGACUGUUUAAAUCCACUGCUUUGUUGUUGUAGUUUCUUCAUUGUCGUUGUGUUGUAAAUGACCAUUGGCUUUAAUUUACUCGUUGUCUCGAUUUCCUCUCGAAGCGUUAUUUACACCACAACUGAAUAUUUAACUGUCUGACACAUUAAUUCUGUGUGCACUGGAUUUCUUUCAAUGUUCUCUGUGUUGUCGUCAUUCUUUUUUCUCUCUCAUAACAUGAUUUACCGAAUAAACUCUUCUGCUCAAAA